UGUUUUGAAACCUACCAAAUAAAUUGUUUUUCUAUAUAAACAAGAUUUUUACAUCUACGAUUUAAUUCAGUUAUAUUUUCGUCACAAGAAGCUUAUUCAGUCCAUUAUUUUUCUGAAUUUACAAUUUUUAUAAAUGCGAUAAACACAAAAAACACCACCAGAACAAGUAUUGGAUUCCAAAAUAAAAUAACAACUCAAAAUGGGUGAAAUCGAACCUAACGCGAACGACGGUUACUGGAGUAGUUGCAUUCGUCUAAUAGAAAAAACCUUCGUUCCCCGAAAAUCAGUGGGUGAAUCACGGCCAUGUUUCGAGGAAGAUUUUCAAGAUUACAGAGCCACAGUUGAUCAAAAUUUUCGUGACAUUUUAUCCAUACUGCAGCAUAUUUUGGACGAACGAAAAGAAAUGAAAACUCCACUGAACUCCCCAAUAACGAAGAUUUUUAAAACCUACUUGACAAUCCUGAUAGGAGAACAUCACGAGAAAAAUCUCUGGACCACAGCUAAAUCGAUCCAGGCUUCCCAACAAGUAGAAGAGAUACUUUGCAAUUUAUAUUCUUCCACUAAUCUCGGACAACUUUUGGCAGAGGACGAUGAUGGCAUCACACGCGUUUUAACAACUCUGAGACCUAAAUUAUUAAAAAACACCUGGAAAACAUAUCCUGCAGCUGUUUUUUGCUACAAAUGGUUUCUAGGUUUGAUAAAAAAAUCAGCCAUUCUCCAUCUAAGCGAUAUUAUUCCCACGAUUUUAAUAAUUUUCGACGAUUUUGUGAUUGAGAAUCAAAUUCUCGGCCUGGAGUGUCUUUCCGAAAUUCUCGAGGAGUGCUACAUGGAGAAAAAAUUUGUCGAAUCAGGAUUUGCGCAGAUGGUUUUCGAAAAUUUGAAAAAACUCAUUCAUAACAGAGAACCGAGACACAUUUUUUUACUCUACAGUUGUAUCGGGAAAAUUUUAAACUCGAUAGAAUUUCACAAUGAAUUUUCAAACGUCUUUGAAUGGUCCGAUAGAGAUAAUAUUCUUGAAAAGUUACUGGAAACGAUGGAAUGUGAGGAGAAUUUGAAAAACCGAAAUUCAUAUUUGAGUGUCUUGUCUGGAAUUUUAAAUUCGGUUGGAUCUUUCAAGUGGUGUGGGAGAGUCAUCCGGAUUUUGAAGGAUUACUGUCAACAUUACGAUUCGAAAAGUCUGAAAAUUACUUUGGAAUCCGUGAAAAGUAUUCUUCUCAUCUUUGAAUCUAGACUUCCAGCUCAUUGUGAGACUCUUUAUCCGAUUUUUCUGAAACUCUCUAUUGAUUCGAUUGAUGCUGGCUUUGAAGAAGAUGUCCUCAAACUUGUGGAAGACUGCAUUUCUUUUUUGAAUAGAUCAACACCCGAAUUUGGAAAAAUUUUAACGCAAGACGAUAGGAUUAGAACUUUAAUAGAAAGACUUCCAGAGGUAACUUUGUGAAGAGAUUCGACGCGAAUUUAAUUUUUUAUUUUAAUUUAAGUAAUUAAUAUUUCUAAAAUUAUAAUUUUAAUUUGAUGUGAGUUCAUUAAAUUAAACUAUUUUUGUUUCUAUUCAAAUUUUGAUUUAAAGCAAGGAGCAGGGUGGGCGUUUUAGUUGAGAGAAAAAAUUCCCGGGGAUUCUCCGAUUUGAAAGAAUUUGUCACGGUUAUUGCAAAUUAGAAAAUUCGACUUUUGACCAUUUUUUCAUU